UUUCACCAGAGAGACAGACCAGUGAGAGGAGUCGUAAAAAAUGCCGGCGGGACACGGAGUAAGGGCGAGAACAAGGGAUCUGUUCGCGAGACCAUUCAGGAAGAAGGGUUACAUCCCACUCUCCACUUACCUGAGAACCUUCAAGGUCGGCGAUUACGUGGAUGUCAAGGUUAAUGGAGCUAUCCACAAGGGUAUGCCUCAUAAGUUCUACCAUGGUCGUACUGGUCGCAUCUGGAACGUUACUAAGCGUGCCGUUGGUGUUGAAGUCAACAAACAGAUUGGGAACAGAAUCAUAAGGAAGAGGAUUCAUGUGCGUGUGGAGCAUGUGCAACAGUCAAGGUGUGCUGAGGAGUUUAAACUCAGGAAGAAGCAGAACGAUGAGCUUAAAGCUGCAGCUAAAGCUAGAGGUGAGACAAUCAGCACCAAGAGACAACCUAAAGGUCCUAAACCAGGUUUCAUGGUUGAAGGUAUGACAUUGGAGACUGUUACUCCCAUCCCUUACGAUGUCGUCAACGAUCUCAAGGGUGGCUAUUGAGUUGUUUCCAUUUGUUAUGAUGUUUUUUUUGUAUCAAACAAGACUGAUUUCUACAUGGUAUGAGUUCAGAUUUUGUUUCUACAUUCUUCAGAAA